AUGCUCAGCAGUCGAAGAACGAGGGCACUUGGCUUGCUUUCAUCCAGAAUCGAAUCCACCUCGUAUUUCCCGGUGUCCAGGUAUGUUGCCUGCGGCCGAAAGUACAGGCGCACGCUCAGCAGCACGACGCAGACCACCAUUCCCUCAUACACUGUGAACAAGGACCGGCUGUGGAAGACGAUCCACGAAACUGCGCAAUGGGGUGCUACCCCAGAUGGAGGUAUCCGUCGCCUGGCACUGACUGACACGGACAAAGCCGUACGCGAGUGGUUCGUCUCCACGACCCAGUCGCUAGGAUGCGCCGUCAAAGUCGACGAAAUGGGCAGCUUGUUUGCUACGCGCGCGGGCAUCUCCACUUCCCUUGCCCCCAUCGGAAUUGGGAGCCACCUCGAUACCCAACCGGCCGGUGGCCGCUACGAUGGGAUUCUGGGCGUUCAGGCUGGCAUAGAGAUCCUACGGGUCCUCGAGGAAAACGGGCAUCAGACAUACGCGCCACUGGCGGUCAUAGACUGGACAAAUGAAGAAGGUGCUCGGUUUAACACCGGCAUGGUUUCUUCUGGCGUCUGGUCUGGACGUUACACCUUGGAUUACGCUCACGCGCUUCCGGCUGCCGAGGACAAAUCCAAGACGGCGACCCUGAAGAGUGAGUUGGAGCGGAUUGGGUUCUUGGGAAGCGUACCGGCGUCAUACAAGGCAAACCCUUUGAGCGCGCAUUUCGAGCUGCACAUCGAACAAGGCCCAGUCCUCGAGGAUGAGGGUAAGAAGGUAGGCGUCGUGACCGGUGUGCAGAGUAUGGGGUGGCUUAUCAUCACGGUCCACGGGAAAAACCAGCACUCGGGCACCUGCCCAAUGGAUCGGCGCGCUUGUGCUCUGACAUCCGCUGCCCGCAUGAUAUCGCGUGUGGAGGAAAUCGCUCUUGCUGCAAAUGGCCUCUCGACUGUCGGAGUCAUCAACUCGUGGCCCCAAUCGCCGGCUACCGUGCCUCAUAAAGUUGUGUUCAGCGUCGACUUGAGUCACCAUUCGACCGAGGUGCGGGAACGUAUGAUUGCCGACACGUGUGCAGAGUUCGCCCGUAUCGCACAGGCAAACAAAUGCACAGUUGAGAUCGAAGACAUCUGGAACAGUCCCGCCGUGCAGUUCCAUCAGGAUUGCAUCAGCUGUGUACGCGAGGCAGCCCGGAACGCAGCCGGAGAGGAGAAUGUCAAAGAAAUGAUGGCAGGUGCUGGCCACGACAGCGUGCACACAAGCGACAGGUGCCCAACAAGCAUGGUGUUUGUGCCCUCCAAAGGGGGAAUCUCGCAUCAUCCAGACGAGUAUUCUUCUCCAGAGCAAUGUGCCAUUGGCGCACAAGUCUUGCUUGAAAGUGUGCUGCGAUAUGACGAUCAACUGCGGAAGGCUGCACUUUGA